CGGGGAAAAUAACAAUGAUAUUAAAGAAAAACUGGCUGUUCAGGAUAAGGAAAUUGAAAAAAUACGGCAGGAAAAGGCAGGUUUAGAAACAAAAUUGACCGAAAAAAGUGCUGAAAUUACUGGCUUGACCGAAAAAAUAACGGCCAAAGAGGCUGAAUUUACCCAAAAAAGCGAAGAAUUGAAUGAAAUUAGGACAGCGAAAAAUGAUGUGGAAAAGGCCUACAACGAGGCCAAGAGAAAAAUAUCUGCUGCUGAAAAGGAAUACGAAGCAGUUAAGGACGAAUUAACCCGCGAACAGAGCGUCCAUAAGAUAAGUAAAGAUUUCCAAGACGCGAAAGCUGCCAAAACCCAGGCCGAAUCCGAACGGAAUGCCUACCGAGAAUCCCAAAAUACUACUCAGCAAGAAAAAGAUAAAGUUCUUGCUAACCUAAACAAGGAGCAAAAACAACACCAAAACACAAAAGACCAAUUGGCUAUU